AUGAACGAUAUUCUUCUUCCUUCGAAAAUAGCGUGCAGUUCAUGUCGCCGCAAGCGGGUCAAGUGCGACAAGCAACGACCACUCUGCUCUAGGUGUUACAAAGGUGGCAGCGAAUGCCACUACCAGGAACCCAAAAAGACAGGACCCAAGCCCAAGAUCCCAGAUAUGUUCCAGAUACUUGACAAUAACCUGGAUUUUGUUAUGAAGGAUACCGGACUUUCUUUGAGCACGACAGGGUCGGAAGUGGACACAGAAACGCCGCUUUCUGCCUAUUCAGACACAGACAUACAAGCUGGUUUGAGUGCUGAAGAGGUGUUUGCUCUGUUUUUCAACGAAAACGCUCAUAUAAGCCAGAUUUUACUCCGCCCGAAAUUUGAGCGCAAUUUCUAUCGCGGAGUGUUCGUGUACGGAGUCCUUGAAACACUGAUGCGGGCCUUGGUGUAUCGCCAGCAUCCAAAGUAUGAACAGAUAGCGGACCAUUUCUACCUAGAGGCCCUCCAGGGGUUGGACUCGAUUGAAAGAACGACUGAUAGGUCGCCCCAGUCGAUUCAUGCUUCCAUGAACUCGGUUGCUUAUCUUCAGGCAUGGUUAUUAAUCUGCGAAUAUGAGUGCCAUACGCUACGGUUCCGCAGUUGUUCUAUCAACAUUGCCAGAUGCAAGCGUCUAGCCCAGCAGAUGAACCUGGAUUUGAUAGAUAGCAAAGUCAGGUUCAGUUGGCGAGGCGUUCUUUUGGAGGAUGUGGGAUCCAUUGAUGGUGAGGACGGCAGCUUUCCAGAGUGGAGUUUGAUCGAGGAGAAACGCAGAACGUUUUGGUAUGUGUUCAUGGUUGGACAAUGUCCUGCUGAAGUUGCAUCGGCUUUUGUUAUUGAGUACAUACAUACCAAGAUGCCGAUGACAUAUUCCUCGUUCAGCACAGCCCGCCAUGCGGAAAGGGGAUUCAUGGGUGCGGCGCUCGAGAGUCUCCGGCGAGGCGAGACCAUCCCGGAUUUGGACGAGUUUUCAGCGCUGGUUCUUCAGAUGGGCGUCGUGCAGCACGUGUGUGAUUGGAACCGAUCUUUUGAAAUUGAGCCCAUGAGGGAAUCGCUCGAUGCGGACUACUUGGAAGCCUUGAAGAAAAAGGCUGCUGGUUUCGAAAACAGCCUCAACAGUCUUCACUCUGUAACCAUCUCUGAUGGUCCGGGAGGGCACCUCCUGAACUUGAAUCGAGUAGUGGGCGCUCUGUGUACAUAUCACCAUCUAUAUGAGCAUCUGUACCAGCAGAUCAGCUUUGGGGGUUCCAAACAGCUCUCACCUGCCAUUACCGACUCUUUUGACUACUAUCGCAAGAAGAAUCUGAUCUAUUUAUACCUUCUGAUUGACAUUUGCAACGAUGUGCAGACUUCGCGGUUGCUCAAAUGCAACCCGCUCUUUACGCUUUUACUCAAUGCUGGAAUACAAUGUACUGUGGGGAUUGUGGACAAGAUCAUGACAAUGAAGCCUGAAUUCCGGUUGCCAAAAGAGAAUAUCGAAGGGUUUGUUCAAAGACUCCAGCAGACUGCCGAAUCGUUGAGGGACUCCACCAAGCGUCUCGACCUCAACGUCAACGACUACUUCUCCGACGGCUUCAAAGAUGCGCUAGAGGAGCUCGAGGAGCUGUGGGAGUCAGGCUGUGAUUGGACACGGGUUAUCAUGUGA